CCCGCGACCUCGCUCCUCACCGGGAGGGCCGCGAUGGAGGUCCCGCCCCGGCUUUCCCAUGUGCCGCCGCCAUUGUUCCCCUCCGCUCCCGCUACUUUAGCCUCCCGCAGCCUCUCCCAUUGGCGGCCGCGGGCGCCGCGGCAGCUCGCCCCGCUCCUCCCUUCGCUCGCUCCCAGCUCCGCCCGGCAGGGGGCGCGCCGAGCCCAGCGCCACGUCACCGCCCAGCAGCCCUCCCGAUUGGCGGGCGGGGCGGCUAUAAAGGGAGGUCGCAGGCGGCGCCCGGAUCUCUUCCGCCGCCAUUUUAAAUCCAGCUCCAUACAACGCGCCGCCGCUGCUGCUGCCGCGAUUCGGACUGCGCGCCAGCACCCCCCGACCGACAACUCCGCCGCCAUGGAGGACAUGAACGAGUACAGCAACAUAGAGGAAUUCGCAGAGGGAUCCAAGAUCAACGCGAGCAAGAAUCAGCAGGAUGACGGUAAAAUGUUUAUUGGAGGCUUGAGCUGGGAUACAAGCAAGAAAGAUCUGACAGAGUAUUUGUCUCGAUUUGGGGAAGUUGUAGACUGCACGAUUAAAACAGAUCCAGUGACAGGAAGAUCAAGAGGAUUUGGAUUUGUGCUUUUCAAAGAUGCCUCUAGUGUUGAUAAGGUUUUGGAACUGAAAGAACACAAACUGGAUGGCAAAUUGAUAGACCCCAAAAGGGCCAAAGCUUUAAAAGGGAAGGAACCCCCCAAAAAGGUUUUUGUGGGUGGAUUGAGCCCAGAUACUUCAGAAGAACAAAUUAAAGAAUAUUUUGGAGCCUUUGGAGAGAUUGAAAAUAUUGAACUUCCCAUGGAUACAAAAACAAAUGAAAGAAGAGGAUUUUGUUUUAUCACAUAUACAGACGAAGAGCCAGUAAAGAAAUUGUUAGAAAGCAGAUAUCAUCAAAUUGGUUCUGGGAAGUGUGAAAUCAAAGUUGCACAACCCAAAGAGGUAUAUAGGCAGCAACAGCAACAACAGAAAGGAGGAAGAGGUGCUGCAGCUGGUGGACGAGGUGGUACUAGGGGUCGUGGCCGAGGUCAGGGCCAAAACUGGAACCAAGGAUUUAAUAACUAUUAUGAUCAAGGAUAUGGAAAUUACAAUAGUGCCUAUGGUGGUGAUCAAAACUAUAGUGGCUAUGGCGGCUAUGAUUAUACUGGGUAUAACUAUGGGAACUAUGGAUAUGGACAGGGAUAUGCAGACUACAGUGGCCAACAGAGCACUUACGGCAAGGCGUCUCGAGGGGGUGGCAAUCACCAAAACAAUUACCAGCCAUACUAAAGGAGGACAUUGGAGAAAACAGGAGGAGAUUGCUAAAGUAACCCAUCUUGCAGGACGACAUUGAAGAUUGGUCUUCUGUUGAUCUAAGAUGAUUAUUUUGUAAAAGACUUUCUAGUGUACAAGACACAAGUGUGUCCAACUGUAUAUAGCUGCCAAUUAGUUUUCUUUGUUUUUACUUUGUCCUUUGCUAUCUGUGUUAUGACUCAAUGUGGAUUUGUGUUUAUACAAAUUUUAUUUGUAUGAUUUCAUGUUAAACCUCAAAUAAAUGCUUCCUUAUGUGAUUGUU